AUGUCUUCUUCGUCAACUUCAUUUUCUUUAUGUUCAGUUAAACUCGCACGCAAUUGUAUACCAUCAUUACAUUUAUUUUCUACACCACGACAGCCAACAACGAUUGUACCUAAUAAAUGGCCAAUUGAUCUUAUAGAAGCAGUAUGCAUCGAAGCAUUUGAUCUUACGGCACAUGCUCAACUCAAAGAAAAACGCACAAGUACAACCAAUAAUAUACCAAAAUAA